AUGCCGUUUUCCGUGAGCGGCAUCCUGUGCACGCUGGCACUGCUGCUGCUGUGGAGGGCGGAGGAGGUGGCCGAGGCUUGCAGCUGCGCCCCGGUACAUCCGCAACAGGCGUUCUGCAACGCCGAUAUAGUGAUUCGAGCAAAGGUAGUGGGUGAGAGAGAGGUGGAUUCUGGGAAUGACAUCUACGGAAACCCCAUCAAGAGGAUCCAGUACGAGGUCAAACAGAUCAAGAUGUUCAAGGGUCCAAACCAGGACAUCGAAACUAUCUUCACUGCUCCUGUGUCAGCUGUCUGUGGAGUUACCCUGGAUGCCACUGGCAAGAAGGAGUAUCUGAUCUCAGGCAAGGCGGAAGCCGACGGUAGCAUGCAUGUGACCCUCUGUGAUUACAUCAUGCCCUGGGACUCCUUGAGUGCCACCCAGAAGAAGAGCCUGAGCCAGCGCUACCAGAUGGGCUGUGACUGUAAGAUCGUGCGCUGUCCCUCUCUGCCCUGUGAGAUCUCUGCUCCAGAGGAGUGCCUUUGGACGGACCUGAUGAUCGAGAAGCAGGUGCACGGACGCCAGGCCAACCACUACGCCUGUGUGAAAAGGGCGGACGGCUCCUGCUCCUGGUACCGUGGCGUUGCACCACCCAAGAAGGAGUUCUUGGACAUGGAGGACCCUUAGUCCCGCUGCAGCGCCUGAGUGCUUAUGGCACAGCUUGACAAAAAUAAAUGUAAACCAUUCCAUUGAAAUGAAACAUAAGACCAUCAGGCAAACGUGUUUUUGAAUAUUAAAGUAAAUGUGACUGAAGUGACGUGCUGCUCUGAGAACAAUCUUUGGCCUCUCUCUGACUCUGUUGUCUUGAGGUUCAGAGGUUGUUCUCAGACUCAGCGUCUCUGUAAGAACAAAUAACGUAGCAUCAUAAGACAUAGACUGGUCGAGUGAUGAUGUAACUUCCUCCUGAGGCUGGCGUCAGGAGGAUUUAAAAUUCUUGUUGAGACAGAGCACUUCCUGCCGGGCAAAGCUCUUACACAACUCUGCUCUCUGACUCCAAAAAGCCAUCCCCUAACCACGGACGAUUAUUCGUUACACGUUACGUUUCUACUUUUAUUACCUCAUUCUCCAUUUUAUUCCAAAGCCAAAUUCCAAGUUGCCUUUUUUUGAAAUGAUUGUCUCCCUUGUCUCUUCAACUCUUUGAUUUACUGCUCCUCUCAUCAUCUUCUUUCUUGGGAACUGUUUGGCCCGUGAAGCAGGAUUUCAUCAUUUAUUUUCGGUACCAACAACACAGCUCACUGUGCAUGGCUGAUGUUUCCCAUUAGAUUGAUUCCUCCUAGUGAUUUUUGACAACAGCCUGUUUUUUUGCAGGCCUCACUGGACCAGUCUAUGCUGUGUGGAGAUGAGCGUGUUAAAUGUAAAGCUGCCUGUGAGGUACAGAACUAAGAAACAAAAAGACCUGAACAAAAAACCGAUCCAAAACUCCUUCACUGCCCAGUCUAAUCAGAAAAAGAACUCUUCCUCCUUACCUCUUCUUUUCUUCCCGUCAUUUCUCUCUCUCUUGCCACCAUCACGUAGCUGUACAGUACCUAUGCAUAUACUUUUGUUGUUACUUGACGAUUAUUAUUUACUGCAUUAGAACUAGAUUUGCACUUUUUGAGGAUAAGUUCCAGUAAAGACAGGAGCCUGUUGUAACAGUUAGCGUUAGCGUUGGCCCGGACAGACAGACCCUGGGUGUGAUUUCACCCUUUUUGAGUGCAUUUGCUGAUGAGCUUAUUCUUGCUAACCUGGUCAUAUGGUACUUGCAGUAAAAACAAGAAAAAGAACUGAGUGGUGAGUGAGAGUUUGGGGGGAAAAAAAGGGAUUUUUGUGCAGUUUAACGUGUUUUCAAAAGAGACACAGGAAGCUUAGUGGGAUGUUAUGACAGCGUCUUUGUAUUCUCUGUUGGUCGUCAAUGCAAACAGCAGCUUAAAGAUUUGCCCAUAUAUUCCUGCAGACGUCUGUGUGUGAAGACGUCUUCACACGCUUACUGUUAGCUUCCACUGGUCUUUCCCGCUUUUUCCAGUUAUAAACGAAAGCUCUGUCGCUGUUCUAGAAAAGCAAGUUACUCACUCAAGGUUUACAGUGCUGUUUUAUACACCUCGAGCUACAUUAACAAUAAAAUAUAUAUAUGAUGGAGUAUUAGAGGCAUAAUUUAAAAGUAAACUCUUUGCAUUUUCCCUUACUUUGUAUUUUUUCAGUGUUAUUAUUAUAAUACCUGUCCUUGUUUUUGGUGUGUUUUUUGCUGUCUUUGUCUACCAUGUCUUUAGCUGUAGUGUUGGCUGGAGAAGGUCCUCUUGCGCUGGGAUAACGUGAGAGUGAGAGCGAGGGAGGGAGAGAUUGGUUCUUUUUGGGGGAGAGAAAUGAGAAAAGGCGACCUUGUGUGAAUAGAGGACUGUGCAUGUGUUUGAUGCUUUGUGUAAGUCCAGGCAGAGGACAAAAAAUAUUCAGUAUUAUCAAAUAAAAACCACACAUUUGAAAGAAUAAA